AUGUUAAAAAAUAGUUCUAGUUUGCUAAUAAUUAUCAUUCUGGCUUUAUUUAAGUAUCAUAAUUUGUUAUUAAAGAUAAGCGUACUCAAGCUGUAAUUAUAUAAGCACAGAGACCAUAAUAUUAAGCUUAUCUUAUCCAGAACAGGAAAUAGAUGUUGAAUUGGAUGGCGAGAUUUAAAAUUCUAAAGAAAAUAUUGGGUAUGGUUUAUGGGUGAAAUAUUAGCCUUUCAUCCCAAUUUUAGAUAUAGGUAUCGUAUAAUUAUAAUAUAUUUCAUCAGGUUUAUCAGGAAUAAAUCCAGCACCAUCAGGGCAGUUCAUAUACCUACUUUAAUAAAAAGAAACAAAUUUCGUUUUGUUAACUUUUUAUAUUUCAAUUUCUGAUUAAACAUAAACCAUUACUCAUAAUGUGUUUUAUUCAUUUAAAGAAACAAGUGGCACUUUAGUAUUUAAUUUUGAAUACGAAAAAUAUGAAGGAUAAUGGACCUUGUUUUAUUUUUAUAUUAAUCUCUUAUCGGAAUCAACAAUUAUAGGAUUUUAUUCAUCAGAAUAGACAAUCAAAAUGAAAACGUAGAUAGUAAAUGAUAUACCUGUUCUAGUUAAAGAGAUAAGGCAUUAAAUAGGAGGGAAAUACGAGAUAACAAAUUAUUUGGGAGAAAAUUUAAAAUUAACUUAAUUUAUUGGAAGAUUGUCAACAGUUUUCAGUUAGGGGUCAGUAAAUUUAUUUUAAGAUUUGGAGACAUUUUUAUUAGAUUGUGCAAUUUAAUCUGAAUGUUAAGGAUCUACUUAUACAUUAUCAAGUAGCAAUUAAGCCUUUUUUGGUUAGAGUUAUUUAUUUGAUACAACAAAUGUAUUUGAAUAUCCAAUUUAUGUAAUAAAAGGUUGGUUAAAAUUAUAACUAUCCGAGAAGUCUCCCCUUGAUACAGUGAUAUUUAGAGUGUCAAUAAAUAAAGACUUCUAAGAUGACAUGGAGCUUGGAGAUAAAGAUAUAUAUUUGAAAUAUCAUCAGAAUACCAUUCCAGAGUCAAAUGGAUUUUCAAUAACCACCUAUUCAUACAAUUUUCCAACUUCAAACAAGUACACAAGUACUGAUAUUGAUGUCAUAAGUGAUUUCGGAGCAGAAUAUUUGGAGUUACUUAUUAAUUGGCAUUAUAUUUAAUAUGAAAUUGGAACAAAUAAUAACCAAGGAUAACCAAUUUUUUAGAUAUAUUUUCCAUCAUUAAUUGUUAAGUAGAAAAUUUUCUUAUGGAGCAACUAAAUCAAACACUUCACAGGGACAAUAAUGUAUUAUUAUAUUGGAGGCGAUAAAUAAAGUUAAAAUUAUUUGAAAGGAUAUAUAAGUGAUAUGGAAUUAAUAUCUUAUUGCAAAACUCCUAUUAUUACACUAUCCCCUAACUGUCAUUAUUCAUGCCUCACUUGUGAUGGCCCUAAUAGUAAUAGCUGUUUAUCUUGUCCUUUAAAUAGCCUAAGACAAUAAUCUGUAACCUAAAAGACAUGCACUUGCUUAUAGAAAUAUAUUGAUAUUGAAAAUGAACCAAUUUGUAAACCAGUGUCAGAAGUUUUUCCAUAAAUAACAGAAGUGGAAAUAGAGUUAUAAUGUGAUUCUCAAGGUUAUGAUGUUUGUACUGACGAGAAAAGAGAAUGCUCAUUUGGUUAUUUCUUGAAUGAAGGGUAUUGCUUAUAAUGGUAUCAUAUUAAUAAUAUAUAGUCCUGGAUAUUCAUCAUUAAAUACCAAAAGUAGGAUUUUAUGUUCAAAUUGUAUGCUUUAACCGAAAGAAUUUGAAUGGUAAUUGACAUGCUAUCAAGAUACAAUCACAUAUAUGUAUAAUAAAGAUUUCUCUUAUUAAACAAUCAAAAGAUAGGAUAGGGAUAUAGAAUAUUAUGAAGUAAUUAAAAAUGGAAAUGCAGAAUAAGAAUUAUUUUUAAAAAAGGGAUUUAUUGACUAUAGUUCUUGCAAAGAAGGAUAUUUUCUCAGAGAUAAUAAAUGUGUCUCCUGUAUAAAAGGAUGCCAAACUUGCUAAAAUGAAUUGAUUUGCGAGAUUUGCUAUACGGGUUAUGUUUUAACGAAAGAUUUUUCAUGUGCAUAAUGUUUAGGAUGUACAGACUGUAUUAUAAAUUCGGAAAAAGUUUUAUGCAUAACAUGUGCAACUGGAGCAUAUCUUUCGAAUGGGGCUUGCAUUCCUUGUGGAUAGAACUGUUCGAGUUGUAAUUCAAAUGGUAGUUGUCUAUACUGUGAUGAUCCUUCUAAGUAUUUUUAAACAUUUGAUGGUCAUAAUUGCUAACCUUGCAGUAUAAAAAACUGUAUUUAUUGCUAUUAAUACUAUAUCAAAGAUGGGAUUACUCAUACUACUCUUGAUAUAAAUUAUGAAAUUCUUGAAUCAAGUUAAGAGUAAUUUUAUAUUGGAUGCGCUCUCUGUCAAGUUAAUCUUUAUUAUAAUUAAUUAACAAUGACUUGUUCAGAAAAACCUCUUAAUUCUUCAACAAUUGAUGAUUGCACUUUUGGACUCAUUAUCAAUUCUUUUGAUGAUACUGAAUGCUUGAUUAGUACAACAAGUAAAACUUCUACUUAAAAUACAGAUUGCUUAUCAAUACCAAACUGUUAACAAUGUAUUAAAAAAUACACCAAAACCAUUACUUUUUGUUUAACUUGUGUAGAUGGAUAUUAUUCAUCAAUAUUAACUGGUUUAUGUAUAAAAUGUGAAUCUAAUUGUAAGACUUGCGUUUAAUAGAGUUAACCUUAGCAAGAUUAUUGGAAAUGGAAUAUAAAGGCUUUUUAUAAAUAUGUUUUUAAUUCAGAUAAUUCACACCCUUUUGAGAUUUAUGCAGUAGACACUUUCCAAAAUGAUUUUGAAGUAAUUUGUACAUCCUGUCCUUUAGGGUAUAUUUUAGAAGAACAUAAGUGCAUAAAAAAUUGUGAUUUAUAAUGCACGAAAUGCCAGGUAAUAAAUGGGGUUGCGACCUGUGUAUAAUGUUAAGAAACUCUAUAGGGAUUUUUAAAGAGUUAAGAUUCAAAUGGAAAAUGUUUGACUUGUCCAAGUAAUUGUCGAGCAUGUUUAGAAAGGACUGAUGAUGAAAUUAUUGAAUUGAAUCCGUAUUUCAUUCUCUCUCCAACAAACCUUAAAUAUACAAGAAUUUGUUAUGAAAAUUUCAAUUUAGAACCUUCUGAUUUUGGGGGUAAAUACUUUAAUUAUCAAUAAUUAAAAACUAUUACUUUUUGUGAAAAAUAUAAUAAAUGCUACUAUCAAGUUAUUUUGGUAUAAAACAUCUAUUGUAAUUAAAACCAUUUUAAAUAAAUUUUAGAUAGUUUAUCAGGAUAAGCUUUAUAGGAUUUUAAAAUGAAAAAUCUUUAUAUAUCUGAUCUCUUUUUAGAGGGUUAUUUACCUAAUAUAGAAACAUCAGGAUUAUUUUAGUAUUUAAAUGAGAAAGUUAUAAGGGAAGUAAUUUUGGAAUAUACACUAAUUUAAGAUUAGGGAAAGGCUUGUAACAUUCCAUCAGAAUCACUACUAUUUUCAAAAAUUCAAUAAAAUGUCUUUACUGUUUUAACUGUUAAUCUAACUUUGAUUGGAUAGUCAUACCCAACCACUCUAAUUAUAAAGGAUUAAUUAACUUUGAGCAACUUUACAACUAUUUCUUUUAAAAAUAUAUAAUUUGAUUUGAUUGUUUCAAGCUGGGAUUAAAAGUCGACAAGUAUUCGGUUAGAAAAUACAAAAAACUUAGUAAUUCAUGAUUGUGAUUUUACUACAAGAAAUCCUAAACGCGAAAUACUAUUUAAAAUUAUUGCUAUCUAUGAUUAACCCUAUUCUUUGAGUCUCAUUAAUUUAACUUUUUAAAAUGUAAAAUUUAGAAAUUCUUAAAUAUUUCAUUUAAAAUCAUUUAGUAGAUUGAACGUUUAGAAUUUAAAAAUAAUCAAUUCAUAUUUUAGUGCAUCAUCAUUAUUUGUUUUAAAUGAAGAUUUUUAUUUUAACUUAUCGUUGAAAUCUACAAACAUCUUUAAUACAACUUUUGAUGGUGGGUUUUUGAUAUAUUAUAAGGCAGAUGGAGUCAUUUCUUUUGAGAAUUUAUAGAUCCAAGAAAUUAAACUAUAGACAGUAAACAUUAUAAAGGACUCUUCAUUAUUUUUUAUUAAAAGUGCAAAAGCACUUAAACUUCAAGGUUUAAUUAUGUUAGACACUAUUAUUUCAGAAAGCUCAUAUUUUUUCAUUUCGAAUACUUUUGAAUUACAGGAUUUAUAUAUAAACAAUAUAAAUAUUUCCAAUAGCAGAUUAUUUAGUAAUGAUUUAGAUUAAGCAAAAUAUGAUAGUGAUGUUUCAAUUAUUAAUUGCACAAUUGAAAAUGUUUAUUAUGAUAACGAGUAAGCUAUCAUACAAUUAAUCUCACUAGAAAAGACGUUUGCACUAAAUGUUUCUAUAAAAUAAUUUAAAUUAAUAAAAAGUCUAAUUACAGUAAAAGUUCAAUUUAAUUAUAUAUAUUACUAUUAAUCUAUUAUUUAUUUAGAAUGCUAAACUUGUGAAUUAGAGGAUGUGGAAAUUCAAAGAGGGCAUGGUCUACCAGAAAUAGCAAUUUUAAAGUCUUAGAGUUUAUUAAUAAAUAAUAUAAAAUUCACAUAAAUAACUUUAUUUCGAUCUAAAACACUUCAUUAAUCAGUUGAUUGCAUGCUCAAUUAUGCAUAUGAGGACAUGUAUUUUUAUUUAUACAUAGGGUUUUAUCAUACUAUUACAAUCAAUAAUUUAGAAUUAUCCAAUUCUAUUACUUAUAACAACCCUUUUAUAAUUAUUGAAGCUUAUAACUUGAGAGAAAAAAUACAAAAUGAAUAUAUAAAUAUCCAAAAUAGUAAAUUAGAAUCAAAUAUGCUAAUUAUAACAAAAAGAAACACAUUUUCUUCGCUAAUAUCAUUAAUUUCUGAAUAAAAUUGCAAAAUUAGUAUUGACAACGUAUUAUUUAAUAACAAUCAUUUAAAUUAAUACGUUUAAGAUUUAUCAAGAUAAUCGGCAACUACUUUAUUACUCUAGUUAUAAUAAGGUGAUGUUUAAAUAUCUAAAACAAUUUUUAAAUAAAAUAUUGUCACAAAUUCAACUGAUCCAAUAUUAUAUAUAAAAUCAAUCAAUGUUUUAUUCCAUUAAAAUCAAUUUACAAACAACAAUAUUUUAGAACUUUAGAUUUUAGUUAAGAAUUUGUUAUUAUUUGAAGAUUAAAAAUAAUAUAAUGAUGGAAUGAGCUUAAUGCAAGUAUUUCCAAUUAAUUCAAAAGGUGGUAAUGGUUUGAUAAUUGCAAAUAUCAUCACAAUAGACAAGACAUCAGUCAAUAAUUCUUUUUCAUAACAUGGAGGUGGGUUUUAUAUGAUAGCUUAGGUUACAGGGACAAUCUAUAUUUAAAAUUCAAUCUUUUAAAAUACUUUCACCAGUUUAUCAAGUUCUUCAUUUUCAACAGGAGGUUGCCUAUACAUAGAUGCCGAAUUAUCAGCUUUAGAUCUUCAAAUACAUUCAACAACGAUAGAAAACUCAUUUAGCAAAAUAUAAGGUGGCGGCAUCUAUAUCAAACCUUCAUUAUAAUAAAACUAUGUAAAACUACAAAAUUUAACAAUAAUAAACUGCUUUUCCAUCUAAUAUGGUUUCUUCUCAUACUUAUUAUCAAGUCUUUAGAACAUAAAUUCCAAAGUUUAAUUUAGUGGAACACAAUUCAUAGUGACAAAAACAGUUUUCAUGAAAUUUUUAUCUCUUUUAGAAUCACCUACAAAUGAUGAUAUAGAUUUUAUACGAAAUAACAAUCCUUUGAUUAAAGUUAAAUUUGGAUCUGUGUUAAUAGAAAAUUGCAGUUUUAUUUCAACCCAUAUUUAAUUUUUGAUAGAUAUUGAAUUUGCAACCAAUAUCUUGAUCUAAGAUAUUUUGAUAAUUAAUUCAACAAUCUUAUUUUCUCCUUUGAUUAGAUUAAGUUUAAGAUAAUGUAAUUAAUUAUAAAUAUUAAUUAGAGUUGAAUGGAAAUAUUUUGUUAAUAAAUAUAAAUGCAAAAUAUGUUUAAUAGCAUACUAAUUAUUCAGAUUCAGCUUGCUUAAAUUCAACUUAUUAAUCAUACUAAUCUUUAACAUGUUCAAGGGGUAUCCAAUAAGAAAACCCGAUUUUAAAUGAUUAUAAUACAUCUCUUAAAUAGGAAUAUUAAUAACUUUGUAAUUAAAAAGAAGUUUAUUAAGAUGCAAAUUAUAGUUUUAGUUUGUUUGAGAUUGAUAACUUGAAUAAAAAUCAUAGUUUUGAGGUUAAAGGAUUAAAUUUGGAGUCUAUUACAUGUGAGUCUUGUGAAUAUGGCAUCUUCAGAAUAAAAGGUAUAAUUUAAUCAUAAAUCGAAAACAUUCUUUUUGAUAAGAUAAAAAUUUUCAACAGUUAAUGUGGAUAAACAGGAUGCUUAUCAUUAAUAGAAUCUGAAGAAGAAUCCUUUCUAAGAAGCGAUUUUCUCUCAUCUAAUAGGAGUAGAAUACUUCAGAAACUUGAUUACACAAAUUUAAUAUAUAAGUUAGAAUAUUAAGCGAGAAUAAUUAAUAGUAAAUUUAUAAAUAAUAAUGCAAUAUAUGGAGGAUCAUUGUUGAUUGUUUAAACAAAAACAAUUAUUCAUAAUUGUUUAUUUUAAAAUAAUAAAGCUGAAAUAGGAGGGGCAAUUUAUUAUCAUUCAAAUGAAUUUUCAAUGAUCAUAUUAAAUAGUUAAAUAAUUGAUAAUGAGGCAAAAAUUGCUGGAGGAUUGUAUUUAAAUAAAUAGUAACUUCAGGAAACAAAGUAAUUAGAUUUAUUUUUAUCUGAUAAUAAUUCAACUCUAUUUGGAUCAGAUAUUUUAGAGAAUCCAAGAUCUUUAACCAUAUCUAUAGAUGGAGGGCAGACCUUUUUAAAUAAAAUAUAAGUAAAAUAAAGCUCUACUAUAAUUAUUGAGAAAAUAGUAGUCACUGCCUAUAAGAUAUUGGGAUUAUCUAAGAGAGUAAAAUAUUUAACAUUUCCUUCUGGUAGAUAAAUAUAUUCUUACGAAUUCUUUGAUUUAUUUAAAUCAGAGUAUGUUCCUUAUAAUCUAUCAUUUCGAAUUAUAGCACUUAAUAAAUAUAACACUCAAGAGAAAAAAUUGGUAGGAACUACAUGCACUCUGACUCCCACAAUAAUGAAUACUACUAGUGAUGAAGCAGUAAAAGGAUUAAUCGGAACUUUAUCCUACAGUAAUGUGAAAUUUAAUGAUAGCACUGGUGAUUACAAUUUAGAUGAUUUAAUCAUAUACUUCAAUCCAACAUAUGAGGACGAAAUCGUCUUAAGAUUAAAUAUUUAAUGUAAGAUUAUAUAAAUCCCAUAAUAUGAAGUUACUCCUCCUUAUUUAAUUAAAAAUUAUAUAACAAAUUAUAAUUUAUUAGUAGAUAUCAAGACUUUCUAAUGUUAAUUGGGUGAAUUCUUCAAUGGAACUACUGGAGGAUGUAUAUUGUGUGAUGUAAUCUAAAAUCAAUACUCUGUAUAAUGGAACGCUUAGAGUUGCAGUUUUAAAGAUGACGUAAAAAUAAAAUCAAUAAAAUCUUCCAUGAUUGAAUUAAGAUAAAGUUAUUGGAGGGCAUAUUAUUUUAGUGAAACAAUAGAAUAUUGUUACCAUCUGAUUGAAAAUUGCGAAGGAGGAUGGUUACCAGGAGAUCAAUCUUGUAUAAUAGGACAUAUAGGGGCUUUGUGUGAGUAAUGUGAUUUAUAUAAUACUCGAGGAGAUGGAUCUUAUUCUGUAAGUUCUAAAUAUUCAUGUGGAAGUUGUGAAGAAAUUUCUAGAAAUUUAUUAACUAUAGUGUUCAUCAGUAUUUGGACCCUUAUUUCAAUUUUGAUGUCUGUAAGCAGUACUGUAUAGAUGAUUGAAGAAUUUAUUAUCGGAAUUCGAUUAAAAGCACUAGGAGUUGCUGUCGUUUUCAAAUAAAUUUCUACUGCUAUAUUAAUUAAGAUACUCACAAAUUAUUUGUAAAUCAUUUCAACAAUUGGUACAUUCUAAUUAUAAGUGCCUUCAGAAGUAGCAUCAGUAGUUAAUAGUGCUGGUAAUCCAAUUGAAUCAAUGGCGUAUUCUCUUGAUUGCUACUUAAUAUCCGUUUCAGAUAUUACAAUCAUAUACUUUAGAAUUAUCUGGAGUCUAAUGAUGGCAUCUUCAUAUCUCACAGUGUUUUUCGCUUUGGGUGGAAUAGCAGUGAUGGUUAAAUUUAUUAAAUUCAAGUUUUCCUAUAUUGCUACUUCUUUUAUUUACGUUUUUAUCUACUUACAACCAAAUUUAAUUGGAAGUUUAAUUUCUUUAAUAUCCUACAGAGUAAUUUCAGAUGAAUAUUGGAUUUAAGGUAACGUCUCGUAUCGUUAUGCUACUCUUCAGCAUGUUAAAUGGUUAUACGGAUUUUGUAUACCGUUAUUGUUUUUCUUUGGAGCAAUAGUGCCUGCUUACUUAUGGUAUGGAAUUAGAAAAAAUUUACAUCACUUAGAUCUUACUAAAGUGAGAUAAAUUUGGGGCUACCUUUAUAAUGAAUAUAAAUCAUAUGCUUAUUAUUGGGAAACCAUCAAAAUCCUUCAAAAAGAAUUAAUCAUAAUUGUAUUAGCUUAUUAUGAGGAUCACAUUCCGAUUAAAGCAUCCCUUGUAUUUUUAAUACUAUUUGGAUAUAGCUUUCUAGCCACUGCUUAAAAACCUUAUAUGUCUGGCGAUCUUAACUACUUAGACUCUAAAUCUACUGUUGUUUGUGCAGUUUCAAUAAUAUUGAGCAGUUCUAUUUACACAGCCUAAUAAUCAAAUUUAUAAGAAAUCUUUUGGCCAUUCUAUAUAAUUAUUGGAAUUUUAAAUGGAUUAUUCAUAGCAUAAAUGCUUCUUAAAAUAUCAUUUGCUUAUUUUGUAUAAUUGAGUGAUCAAAUUGAUAAGGUAAAGGAUUUUAUUAAAGCUCGUUUCCCUUAUUUAAUCAUUAGGUACCCCUUUUUAGCUUAGCUAUUAGAAAGUAGGAAGAAAAAAUAGGAUAAGAUAAGAAAUAGAUUUAGUAAAUUAAGAACUUAUCUAAUAACUUAAGCUAAAAAGAGAUUAGAUUUAAAAAAGGAAUUAUUUAGUUUUUAAACCCCAAUGUUAAACAGUAUAUCUAAAUCCUGGAAAAGUGAUUAAAAUUAAUUUAAUCAAUAUAAUUGA